GUAAAGCUAGAAGCAUUCCUGUCUGUGGUGUUUCCAAACACCCAUUGAGAUAAGAAAGAGAAAUGCUAGCCACGCUUUUGAGUGCUUCCAAGAUUUUCUUGCUUAUUUUUAUUUUAUCUAAAGGACAUUCUUCAGAAGCUUUACAAGACAUCAGCAAAUACAUAAAGCAUUAUGAAGGCCUGUCGUACGAUCGAGAACUUUUAAAGCAACAGCACCAGCGCAUCAAACGGGAAACUCAUCUGAGCGAUCGAGUGCUUCACCUAAACUUCAACGCAUUUGAAAGGGUAUUCCACUUGCGCCUCAAGCGAGACAUCGUCGGCUUUACAGAGGAUUUCAAGGUCCAGUCAGAAAAUAAAACGUAUUUGGGGGAUCUUUCCCACAUAUUCUCAGGAAAACUCCAAGAUGAGAGUGAUGGUUCCUGUCACGGUUCUGUUCGUGAGGGUCAAUUCGAAGGCUCCAUCACCACAGCCAAUGGCACGUUCUAUGUGGAGCCCAUUGACAGAUACACAACCAGCAAAUCAGAGCAUCAUUCCAUCAUUUAUCAUGAAAACGAUGUGGAUGGCACUCCCUUGAGAGGCAGCCAUGUUGGAUUCUGUGGUGCCGACCAGCUGCAGCAUCUUGUCCAGAACCACCAUGAGAUACCAGCCUCAAGGUCGAAGAGAACGGUGGACCAAUCCAAAACCAGCUGUCUUCUGCAUCUCUACGUCGACCAUCUCUUUUACAAACGCUUCGGGGGUAUCGAAGCGGUCGUGGCUCAGCUGGCCUCUUACAUGAAAGUGGUCAACGACAUUUAUGACCGAGCCGACUUUGAUGGCAUACAGCUGGUCAACUUCAAAGUUAAAUUUCUCACCGUGAAGACGGAAGAAGACCCCAGCAGUCCUUUGGACCAGACCUACGUUGGACCCGAGAAGCUUUUGAGUCUCUUUUCCGAAACAAACUGGAACGACUAUUGCCUUUCUUAUCUGCUGACCAACAGAGACUUCAGCGGGGUCCUCGGCCUGGCCUGGAGUGGAAAACCAGAUGACCGAGGAGGAAUCUGCUCUCAGAUGGUCAGUAAUUACAGCCAUAACACGGGUCUGAUCACACUGCAGACAUACGGCCACUAUCUCUUCACCAAACAUGUGCAGCUGACCUUCGCCCAUGAGCUGGGUCACAGUCUCGGAGCCCCACACGACGAGGGUCGAAACUGCGGCGACCCGGAGAUAACCAAAGGCAAAGGAUGGUUCCUGAUGUACCCACAGGCCACCGCCAAGAUUGAGGAGAACACCGACAGGUUCUCCCCCUGCAGCCUGAGGCACAUGAGCAACGUUCUGAAAAUCAAGAAGGACAAUUGCUUCGUAGUCAGCGAUCAGCCCAUCUGUGGAAACCGCAUCGUAGAAGACGGAGAGGAAUGCGACGUUGGGAAUGACGUCAAUGAUCCGUGCUGCUACAGCUCGAAAGAGCCAGUGGGUGUCGAGUGCCGACUGAAGCCUGAGAAGCAAUGCAGUCCCAGUCAGGGUCUAUGCUGCAGCGCUCAGUGUGUCUUCAAGGAAGCCGGGCAGAUAUGUGGUCAGCCACCCGAAUGUCGGAAGCAGAGCGCUUGCAACGGUUCCUCUGCCGUGUGUUCAGAACCCGCUGCCAAGCCAGACAUGACAUUGUGCAACAACGGCACACGUGUUUGUUUUAAAGGGGCAAUACAUUUGUGUUUUUUAUGUGCUGUCCUGUUACACAAUGUUGCCGGCUUUGGCUUGGCCUGGUUGGCACAGGACUGCAGUCUUUCUCUUUGCGCGCUGUACGACAUGGUGCAAUGUGACUGUCCCGGAGACAACCGAACCGAGAAGUGCUACAUGUGCUGCCAGCAGAGAGAUAAACCUCACACCUGUGCGAGCACCACCUCGUCCGUGCUUUACCAGCAGUUUAACGGUAAACGCGUGGCGUUGCUUCCAGGAGCCCCUUGCUCGGGAAACCGGGGCUACUGCGACAGGUUCAAACUGUGCCGAAUUUUGGAUGCAGACGGUCCUAUUGCGAGGCUUAAAAAUAACUUCCUGAAAUUGGAUGACUUUGAGGAUUUGGCUGACUGGAUGAAAGCGUAUUGGUGGGCAAUACUUCUGGCUAUUCUGACUAUUUCGGCGAUAAUGGCAGGGACGAUCUGCGUUCUUGGACAGCCCUUGGAGACGGAUUAAAACCAGUAAACAUCUGUCCACUUGGUUCUUUGAAACUGGCAAAAAGAGACAUUGCUUUUGAGACAGUUAAUGAAUGUAAAAAAAAUCCAGAUGUUCAGCUGGGAGGGAAAUAAAUAUUUUGCACCUGUCCAAACAUGAUUUAAGUUUACUUUCACCACCCACGUGACGUAUACCGCAACAUUUGACAUUUCAAGGAUAUUUUAAUUGCAUUGCUCAUCUGACGUUUGAAUGCUGUCCAAUGAUCCAACAAUGAGUCGUUGUGCAUUCUCGAUAACUUCCUACACAACGUUGCCAACAUUUAUUUCGAGAAAGUGUGAGACGUGACAUUUAAAUAUUGAGAAAUCUCUUUAACCAGUGCUCGGUCAAAAACAGGUUUGACCAAAACAACAGAUGGCUGUAGUUAAAUAACUAGCGCAGAUGUUUUGUUGUGUGUACAAUAGUACAAAUUCCGCAGUUAAGAAAGAAAUUUUGUUUUGUAGAAUCAAACACAUUUUGCAGAAAGAUUUAUUUUGUAGUCCCGGAACUAGCGGUAGAUAUCAGCAAGGUCAAAAUUUAGCCAGUUCACAAUCUUUUGGCUAGGAUUGUAGGACAAGUUAUAUCCAAUCCUGACACCAGUUUGUUUGAGCUGUUGGAUUUGCUUUCACAAUCUAUCUCUUCGUGUCGUCCUUGUUCAGGUUACCGCGCGAUAAGAACAAAGAACUAUGUGACAUUUAAACUGGAUCUGAAAUGGGGUAAAAAAGGUCAAAAAACAACUCUGGACGGUUUCAUCGGACGCACGCGCUUGGCCAGAAGUUAACUUCCGGUCUGUGUUUGGUUACGAUAUAACAAUGUAUUACUAUUUUAUGGUAUAUGAAUUGUAUUAGAUUCAAUUAAAACUAUUCAACAGUUAUUGAUUCUUUGGGGAGAUCUAAUGGAAGUUAAGUUUGUGCCACAUAACAUUUAUUUAUGUUGUUGAAACCGUCAAUUUAAUAAAAAUGUAAUUGUUUAUAAAAACAUU